CGGCGGACGACGACGAAGGCGGCGGCGGCGGCGGCCCUCAGAUCAUGAUCCGACAGCAGAUCCUACACGAUCCGCCCGCGAUUCUGUAUGGCGACAUCUUGUACUUGUCCGGGGGAUUAUAAAUCCUUGGCGGUCAGCUAAUCCGACCGCGGCGAGAAUAAUCGGCAGGGGCGGGACCACCGACAGUGUGCGUCGUCGACAUCGGCAACUCCACAGUGGGUUGAUUACAAUCUUGUCCGGGGCUGCAAAUCGAGUAGGCGCAGGGCAUCAGGUGACGACGACGCCUACUGGCCAUUACAAAACUCAUCCUCAAUUCUGCUCCUCUUCCCCGGUAGGCUUUGUAGGGAGAGCAACGACAGAGCUGAUGCAGUGUCAUCGAUCUUCCAUGGAAUCGCGUGAACAGGGGGGAUUAUCCAUGGCCCGAGCUCGUCUUCUCCCCCUCCCUUUAAUUAAGUGGCAUGCACAGGUUGUACUUGUACUAAUCCUGGUUUUAGCUGGCACCGUGGUGGGUUUUGUCCAAUGUCAGGUUGGUUUCUAGUGAAACCACUGCUGUGCCGCUGAUUGCACCGGCUCCAGUAAUACUGUUCUCGGAAAUCAGAGAUGCCAGCAUCGUCAUUGUUGUGAGCUGAACCAGAAGAAAGCAGAUGUCGAUCGAUUAGAAGAUUAUAUGUAAAACAUGUAACAAGCCAAUAUGCAUGAUUGAGAAUGAGAGUUAGAGAUAACACUCGAGGAGGAAGGACAAGUGAGAGAGGAGUUGUACCGGCUCAAGCUAGGAGGUAGAGAGAAGCUCACAUGAGCUCUAAAUCCUACUGACCUCGCAUCACUCUCACUGCAGACCAGCGGAAUCUCUGACCCUGUUCAAUUCUUUCACCCUCACCAUCUCAGCAUCUCAUUUGUGAUCUCACCAGGACCCUUUUAACCCUUCCUCCCUGUUCUGGAUCUACCAGCAGAUGAAACAAAACCACUGACUCACGGUGGCCCUUUGAGUUUUCUUUCUCCUAUCCAUCCAUCAACCAGAAAAUAAAAAAGGGAUGGGGGGGGGAUGAGAGAUGAGAGAAAACAUGUACUUCCCCUCUUCUGCUUCUCACGUGGUAAGUUCAGAAUUAUAUAUGUUUUCUUCUUACUUACCUUUGGGCCUUUAAAACCCCACCCUUUCCCUCCUCCUCCUCCUCCUCCCACCGAGACACAGAUGUGCAGUGCCUGUGUGUAAACGAAUCUGUGAGAGAGAUGGCACUAGAAGCUGUGGUUUUCCCUCAAGACCUCUUCAACUAUGCUUUCAAGGAGUGGUGCGCCAACACCGGAAGUGGAGGAGGAGCAUGGGAGGAGAAAAGUAUGGUGUUAGAAUGUGAGAUGGCCGGAGGUGGAGGUGGAGGUGGGACCUGGGACCCAACCUGCUCCUCCUUGGCACGGAAUCUCCAGGAUUGGAAUGUGAAUUCCUCGACGCCGACAGCAGCCGGUGCGCCCGCCGGGGCGGGGGGCCGGAGAAAGAGGCGGCGUACGAAGAGCAUCAAGAACAAAGAGGAGGUGGAGAGCCAGAGGAUGACCCACAUUGCCGUGGAGCGCAACCGCCGGCGACAAAUGAAUGAAUACCUCGCUGUGCUCCGCUCUCUGAUGCCGGCUUCCUAUGUCCAAAGGGGUGAUCAAGCAUCGAUCGUCGCCGGCGCGAUCAACUAUGUCAAAGAACUUGAGCAGCUCCUUCAAUCACUGGAAGUCCAGAAACGGGUCAAGCAACAAGCGGAUGCAGCCGGCGUUGCCGCCGCCUUUGCCGACUUCUUCAGCUUCCCCCAGUACUCCUCUUACUCACCCAGUGGCGGCACCACCGCCGGAGACGGUAGUGGCAUAAUUGACCAUGAUAGUAUCUUCCGAAACACCGAGGAGAUCGAAGACGACGAAGCAGCCGCCGCAAACAUCGAGGUGACGAUGGUGGACAGCCACGCAAACCUCAAAGUGCUCACGAGGCGGCGGCCGAAGCAGCUGCUCAAGCUGGUGGCCGGGCUGCAGAGCUCGCGGCUCCUGCCGCUGCACCUCAACGUCACCUCCGUCGACCAGAUGGCCAUGUACUCCUUCAGUCUCAAGGUGGAAGAUGACCGUCACCACACGUCGGUGGACGAGAUUGCAGCAACAGUGCAUCAAAUGUUAGGCAGGAUUCAGGAGGAGGCAAAACUGUAGAAUCUCUGUUGUCUUCUUGUAGCAUGGAAAAGGGUGUUGAUUGCAUGAAAUAAUCUGGCCUUGUGAUGUGCAGCAGCAGAAACUCCUGUUCACCAUGAGAUCUGCUAUUGAUGAUAGCCUGAGUAUGCUCUCUGCUUGGCCAAAAAAAUAUCUUCGACAGUCUCACUGAGAACACCCAACACAACGAGAACUCGGUCAAAGGCUGUGAAACAGAGGAUCUUUGCAUCUGAACAUAAGCUUUUAGAAUUUUCCU